AUGCGCAACACAUCCCGCUUAUUCUAUGUUCUUUCUUCCCUGAGACUUUCACCAUCGGAUGGAUUUCGCCCUUCCACCUAUAUUAUAAUGAGAGUACUCGGAGUCGCGCUGGGAGACGCACUUGGUGCCAUGCUGCUACUGGGGAUGUGGCUUGGUGACAAGCUCGGGAAUGAGCUAGGCAACAAACUUGGAGAACUGCUAGGGGAAGAGCUGGGUGAAGCACUCGGUGAGGCACUUGGCGUCAAGCUGGGGGACUGGCUAGGGCUGGAACUUGGGGAAGUAGAUGGAGAGGCACUAGGGGAAGCACUUGGACUGCUGCUUGGAACAGAGCUAGGUGAUGAACUUGGGCUGGAGCUUGGGGAAGUAGAUGGAGAGGAACUGGGGGAAACGCUUGGGCUGCUGCUUGGAGCAGAACUGGGCGAUGAACUUGGUCCGUCACUAGGAGAAGCACUAGGUGAGCUACUUGGUGAACUACUGGGAGUGCUGCUUGGGGUGGUGCUUGGAUCAGUGCUCGGAGUGCUGCUUGGAGAGGUGCUAGGUGUACUGCUAGGUGAUGCACUGGGAGCUGAGCUUGGAGAGACACUUGGAACAGCACUUGGACUUUUACUGGAGGUCGGGGCAUUGCUAACAGUUGGAACGGAGCUAGGAACUUCACUAAAGGUUGGAACAUUUGAAGUGCUUGGGACCAAACUUGGAGAUGCACUCGGUGCAAGACUGGGCGAAGAGCUAGGCAAUGCACUGGGGCUUACACUGGGAAUUGCACUGGGACUGUCACUUGGAGAAGCACUUGGUAGACUGGAGGGGCUAUCACUUGGGCUGCUACUUGGACUUCCACUUGGAGUGGCACUGGGUUCUGAACUUGGACUUCCACUUGGACUGGAAAUAGGAGUGGCACUGGGUGUUGAACUAGUUGGUCUAUCGACGAUUGGAAGUCCUGCAGAUGGCCCAAGAGUACCAAUUUGA